ACCUUCUCUGGGAGCGGGCAAUCGGCGACCCAACGCUGACCUGAGCCCCUUGGUCCUGAGCCCGUGUGCCCACAAAGGGUGCCAAGACAGAUUGAAGCCAUGGCCAUUCUUUUUGCUGUUGUUGCCAGGGGAACCACUAUCCUUGCCAAACAUGCUUGGUGUGGAGGAAACUUCCUGGAGGUUACAGAGCAGAUUCUGGCCAAGAUACCUUCUGAAAAUAAUAAACUAACUUACUCACACGGCAAUUAUUUGUUUCAUUACAUCUGCCAAGACAGAAUUGUGUAUCUUUGUAUCACUGACGAUGAUUUUGAACGGUCCCGAGCCUUUAAUUUUCUGAAUGAGGUAAAGAAGAGAUUUCAAACUACUUAUGGUUCAAGAGCACAGACAGCCCUUCCAUAUGCCAUGAAUAGCGAGUUCUCAAGUGUCUUGGCUGCACAACUGAAACAUCACUCUGAGAAUAAGGGCCUAGACAAAGUGAUGGAGACUCAAGCCCAAGUGGAUGAACUGAAAGGAAUCAUGGUCCGAAACAUAGAUCUAGUAGCUCAGCGAGGAGAAAGACUGGAAUUAUUGAUAGACAAAACAGAAAAUCUUGUGGAUUCAUCUGUCACCUUCAAAACUACCAGCAGAAAUCUUGCCAGAGCCAUGUGUAUGAAGAAUCUCAAGCUUACUAUCAUCAUCAUCAUUGUGUCAAUUGUGUUCAUCUAUAUCAUUGUGUCAACUCUCUGUGGUGGAUUUACAUGGCCAAACUGUGUGAAGAAAUAAGAAAGAACAAAUUACCAGUAACCAAGGAUGUGUAAGAACAAGAAGUUAAAAGCAAUCCAUGUAACUCAAGCCUUUCACUACUGACAGAUGGUGUCUGCCAGUCUCUUCAACCCUCUUUUCACUUUUUUUUAAAUCUUGUUCUAUUCCUCCAGAUUUAUCUUUGUUCUAUCAACUAAUUUAUUCCAGUGGACUUCAGAUUAAAUCAUUCAUUGCAGCAGUAGCCUUAAAAAGGCUUUUUUUGUGCUGCUUUUGUUUGUUAACUAGUGUCAUCUACUUAGAGAAAUAUUUUUGUUUGUAAUUGCACAAAGCUAUCACCAAGGUGGAAACCACCAGUCUUAAGAACUGUCUAAUAGAAUUAUGAAGGAACUUUAUAUGUGUACUCAAAAGCAUUUAAGACAUAGUAUUGCUAAUAUCUCAUCUUAAUGUCUUGUGAUAUUGAAGAGUUUUAGGUGCUUCAAAACAAUGUAAUGGAGAAUAGUUGUUAUUUGGGGAUCAUAAUUAAAUUGUUGGUGCUGCUUAUUUCUAGGAGCCCAGACAGGUAAAGUAUUAAACAUUUUCCUUUCAGUCAGAUGAGGAAUAUUUUGCUAGCCCAUUAGUGGCACAGAGAAUUAUCCUUGUCCUUCUCGUAUUCACUUUCAGGAAUAAAGUGUGCUGAUCAUUCACAAUACCGUGUAUAGCUCGAUAUUCUCUACUUCCCUAUUGCAGUUGAUUUGAGAAUUGCUGAAGGUUGUAAGGUGUGUGUGUGUGUGUGUGUGUGUGUGUCUUUUACUUCUGUGGAUAUUUAGGGUAAUUGUGUUGUUAUUCGAAGGCAUAGAGAGAGUAGGGAAGGAAAUUCCUCAGAUUCACCAAAGAAACAGAAGGGAACCCCAGUGGAUAUGCUAGCAUUUUAGCAGUCAAAAGGAGGUAGUGUGGGAAAAGCCCAAACUGAAUACCGUCAGCAAUCAACUCCAGAGUUUGUGUUUGACUCCUGUUGCAUAGUUUGAGCAUCCUCUACGGUUUAAUAAAUUUUUUAAUCUGCCUAAAUUUUGAAGAGUUAUUUUGUGAAACCUGAAAGAAAAUAGACAGUAUGAUGUAUAUAAACAUAUAAAACAGUUUAGCAUCCAUUCUACUUCAGUGUAAGAAAAUUUGACUGUGGUCAUACUGCUUAGCUACUCUGGCAUCUGUUAUCUAGUAGUUGGUGUGUAUCUGAAAGGAAGACAUUUGCUGUCCUGAAUCUGAUUGCAUUUAUCUAUCAAUAAGUGCCAUUAAAUGGAAAUUAUAUUACAAGUUACUCUUAUCCCAAUGAGAGAACCAGUAAGUCUAUAUAACCUAGCCACCUGUUUAGCCUAGUCAUGUGCCUUGAAUAUAUAUGUGUCCCAUAAUCUGGUUCAUGGUUCCUGUUCUUCCAUCUUAACCUUUAAAUUCAUGCUUCCUUAUUCAUUUUUGACACUUGUUUUACAACCACAGGAACUCUUUCCUUGUGGAUCUUGCAUAGCACAAGUAUUUCCCAUCCUUAUUAACACUAAUGCCUUUUAACUCCAUCAACAUUUUCCUUGUGGAAAAUACAUUUGUUCUAGAAAGGCAUUUGGCAUUCCUAAGUAAUAAUUUCCAAAUAUUUUUAGUCUAAAGACAAAGGCUUAAAGGUUAUUGCCCUUUCUUAUACACACCUGAGCAAAAUUGAAGUGCAUGUUUUAAGAGUCAAUUACUUAACUGUUCCUUGGUCUAUUUAUGUAUAAUAAUGCUUUUUAAAGCACAUGUCUUGUUGUAAAUGAUGCACAAACUGAAAACAUUAAUAAAAUUUAAGAGUAA